AUGGCCACUACAGAACCUUUGACAAGAAUACCGAAAGGUCUUCAACAUAUCAUCUCGACAAGACCGAAUAAAUUUGCUGGCAGACUUCCAUCUCGACUACCGCAUGCCACCAACAAGUUUGUUCAACCGAGAGAUCGAGUGAGAAAAUGGAAUAUUCGACCAGGGGAUAAAGUUCGAUUGUUAGUUGGGACACCAGAACAGAAAUAUAUCAACUACAAAGAUGCUUCAGAGGGUUGGAAGACUUUUUCAGUCAAACAAGUGGAUCUUUCGAGGAACAGAGUCUUCCUUGAAGGCGUUAACAACAACCGAAGUAAUGUGAUUCAUUCCAAACCUGAGAAUUAUGAUACCCUCAACGACAGUCAAAAACAAUCAUAUGAUGAGCAAAAGAAUUUCGUACCCACUAUGAGACCUGUACACUACAGUAACGUUCAAUUAUGUUAUGAAGAUAAUAAAGGUCCUGAUAGCAUUUUCGUAUCACGCAUGAAAACCGAUCGUACUCAUUUUAACAUUAAAUCUCAACGUCUGGAUUGGACCAGAAUGGCAGCUAGAAUAAGUGGUGGAUCAGAGAUACAAGCAGAACCUAUCAAAUUACCUUGGCCAAAACCGGACAAACCAUAUCAACAUCCUAAGCCCAAUACGGAUCUUGACACAUCCAACAGUAUAACAAUUCAAGAUACCCUUGUCUUACCUGGAUUAGAAGCUAUUGAACAAACCAAAGCAGCUGAUUUAGUUCCACAACACAUCAAUGCACCCACUCCAUCUGAUACUUCAUUCGCUGAUGCCUACAUCAGGCAUAUGCAAGGUACAAGACCUUUGAGUAGGAGUGAAGAAGGAUUUGUCGAUUUAUUGAUGCCACUUUACCUAUCAGAGGAAUUGUCACCUAGAUUCGCAAAAUCAAAGACCUACAAAGCCUACAAAGCAAGGAGAGAAUUUGAGGAAUUAGAACGAUCGUCAAUUGGUAAAUCUGCGGUAGAAGAUUGGGAAGCUAGUGGAAGAGAUAGAAAUCUUAAAGAAGCCAUGGAAUUGGAGGAAGUCGGAUUAGAAGGUGUCUUCUUGAAACCCAGAACAAGAAAAGAAGUUCGUGAUGCAGCUAUCACUGAAUUCGAUGUCGAUAACGAAUCAAUGAGAAAGGAAGUCAACCUAGCUGUUAGAGAAGGAAAAAUAUGGGACAGAGAAAAUGGCGAAUGGAUCGAUGGACCUAAAGCUGAGAAUAUAGCAAGAAAGAGAGCGAGAAGAGCUAGAAAAGAGAGGAAGGCCGUAGAGAGAUUAGCGAGUUUGAAGUUGGAGAAUUAG